GCGAGCGAGAAUGACAGAACAUAUUUACACUGUCUCCUUGGAAACGCCUAUCAGCGCGCAUUAGGGGUCGUUAUGGAAACAAGGGACGCGGCUUGCGUAGUAUAGGCCGCCGCAGCAGCAGUGAUCAGUGCAGAACGCGUUAUAUAUGAUUUAGAUGCUGUAAUAACCGCGGGGGCAGGAAAAUGCUGAAGGCGAAGGUGCUGAUCGUCGGGCCCAGUGAGUCUGGAAAGACUACUUUGGCAAACUUUUUAGCUGAUGCCACAGAAAAUAUUGGUGGAGAAUACAGUCCAACUCAAGGUGUAAGGAUACUAGAGUUUGAAUGCCCAAAUGUAAAUGGAAACAAAGGACCUGGAUGUGAAGUUGAACUUUUUGACUGCGGAGGGCAUCACAAGUUUGAGAGUUGCUGGCCUGCUUUAAUGAAAGAUUCCCACGGGAUCAUUAUUGUAUUUAAUUCAGAUAUUCCCAGUCACCUGAAAGAGAUCGAAAUGUGGCACAAUAACUUUAUCCAGCAACAACGAUUACAGGACAAGCAGUGUCUCUUAAUAGCACAUCUCAAGCCUGGAUCAGGGGAUCAAGCUGAAAAACUAGAUCUUUCCCCAGCAUUAUCCAAAUUAACAUUAGUACAUUCCAACCUAGAAGAAGAUCCUGAGGACCUAAGGAUGGAAUUUGUAAAAUAUCUCAGAGGUGUCAUCAGUUUAUUGUCAGAGAGCAGAGACCGGGAAGAGAUGUCUAUUAUCACAUAAUCUUACAACGCAAGAAGCUGAUGUCUUUUACUGACGCACUUCCUUAUUUAGACCCAGACUUACACAAGAAAAAGACAGGCUGCUCCAUUAAGAGCUAUGGGCACCUCUGAAGCCAUUUUCUUGUUGCGUUGCUUGUAUUUUUAGCAAUAAAUCUGAUUUGCUACUACUUUUCAUUAAGAAUUGUCUGACUUUUGGGGCCUGCAGUGUGCAUGCCUAUACAUUACAGUACUAACUGCUCUGUGCUCAUUACAUCAGACAGGUUUCGCAUGGCUCAGCCUAAACCGGUCUAUGACAACUCCUAAAAAAUAAUCUAAGCUGAUAUCUCAAAAAUCAGACUAAGGAAAUAAAAUAAAUGUAAAUAAACUAGGAUUUAAAGGGGUGCUCUGCCCCUAGACAUCUUACGAUGUCUGAUUGUGGGAGUCCCACCGCUGGUUCUCCCUGCUGCACCUGGCAUUCAAUCAGAGCAUCGUGUGCCGCACCGAAGGCUCGUGACAUCAUGGCUGCGCCCCGCUCGUGAUGUCAUGGCCACGCCCCCUCAAUGCAAGUCUAUUGGAGGCGUCAUGAAGGCGGUCACGCCCCCUCCCAUAGACUUGCAUUGAGGAGGCAUGGCUUUGAUGUCACAAGCGGGGUGUGACAUGACGUCACAAGCCUCUGCCCCGGAAGUUUGCUCCGUGCACCGGAUGUCUGGGGUGCCGCAGCCAAGAUCACAGGGGUCUCCAAGCGGAGGGACCCCCGCAAUCAGACAUCUUAUCCCCUAUCCUUUGGAUAGGGGAUAAGAUGUCUUGGGGCGGAGUACCCCUUUAAGCUUAAAUUAGUGAAGAGCUGAAAGAGGGCCAAUGGAUCAAGCCAUCAAAUAGCUAGCUAUCUGGAGUAAUAAGCACAUUGUAACAUACUCUCAUUGCCCCCUUUAUUAGGGACACCUGUUUAAUUGCUUAUUAACUUAAAUAGCUAAUCCGACAAUCACAUGGCAGCAACUUAAUGCAUUAAGGCAUGUAGAUGUGGUCAAGACAACUUACUGAAGUUCAAACUGAGCAUUAGAAUGGGAAAGAAAGGGAAUUUACUUGACUUUGAACGUGUCAUGGUUAUUGGAGAUUGGGCAUACAGUAACACAGAUAACCGCUCCUUACAACCAAGGUAUGCAGAAUACCAUCUCUCAACACAUUGUGAAAUGGCACAAGGGGGUAAUAAAAUUGCAUAGGGGGGUUCUAUCUCUAAAAGCUGUGACAAAAUGUUUGCGGGAGUAGGUGGGCUUGGACAAACACGAAGCAGGCAGAAGUAAACACUCACACACACACCUUGGGGGAGCAGGCAUUUAUGGUCAGAAAUCCAGCGGGAGCAGGAUUAAGAAAACAUUACUGCGCAGGGAUCUAAUGAUAGGUUCUAUUUAAAGUACAUGUACUGCAAUUUAAAAAAAAAGUGGGUUCAAAGGUGUAUUUAUUCUUUAGCCAUAGUAACAAUAUUCACUGUUAUUACUAAGAUGCUAUAGCGAUGAUGUUGUUUAACCAUUUAUAACCGCAUAUUUAUGUCUGGUCCUUUGACUAAUAUAAAAAAAUUAAAUAAAUUGUGCAUAAAAAGUUACUGUUAAUAUAUGAAAUGGGACACUCCUUUCUAUUGUCUAUAUUAAUGAGAUUUUCCACUGUCCCUAUAAUCAUUGCCAUAUUACUAUAGCUAUAUACAGUCAUGGCCGUAAAUGUUGGCACACCUGAAAUUUUUCAAGAAAAUGAAGUAUUUCUCACAGAAAAGGAUUGCAGUAGCACAUGUUUGACUAUACACAGGUUUAUUCCCUUUGUGUGUAUUGGAACUAACCCAAAAAAGGGAGGAAAAAAAACUAAUUGGACAUAAUGUCACACCAAACUCCAAAAAUGGGCUGGACAAAAUUAUUGGCACCCUUAACUUAAUAUUUGAUUGCACCCCACACCCCUCCCCCAUAAAUAACUGAAAUCAGUCACUUCCUAUAACCAUCAAUAAGCUUCUUACACCUCUCAGCCGGAAUAUUGGACCACUCUUCCUUUGCAAACUGCUCCAUUGUUGUGUAUGUUGGUACACAACUUCUAUCGGAAGUUAUAAGAAGUGAUUUACCCUCCUCCUCCCCGGUAUCCUUGUUGCAAGCGAUACUCCACAAGGAGCGCCUUUGUUUCUUUCUUAUUGGAAGGGUGCCUUUUCCCAACAGCAAUUUUAAGAUCUCUCCACAGGUGUUCAAUGGAAAUUAGAUCUGGACUCAUUGCUGAGCACUUCAGAACUCUCCAGCGCUUUGUUACCAUCCAUUUCUGGGUGUUUUUUUAUGUAUGUUUGGGGUCAUUGUCCUGCAGGAAGACCCAAGAUCUCAGACUCAAACCCAGCUUUCUGACACUGGGCUGUACAGUGCGACACAAAAGCCAUUGGUAAUCCUCAGUUUUCAUGAUGCCUUGCACACAUUCAAAGCACUUAGUGCCAGAGGCAGCAAGACAACCCCAAAACAUUGAUCCCCCACCAUAUUUCACUGUAGGUACUGUGUUCUUUUCUUUAUAGGCAUCAUUCCGUUUUCGGUUAACAGUAGAAUGAUGUGCUUUUCCAAAAACUCUUGGUCUCAUCUGUCCACAAGAUGUUUUCCCAGUAGGAUUUUGGCUUACUCGAGUUCAUUUUGGAAAAAUGUAGUCUUGCUUUUUUAUGUCUCUGUGUCAGCAGUGGGGUCCUCCUGGGUCUCCUGCCAUAACGUUUCAUUUAAUUUAAAUGUCAAUGGAUAGUUCGUGCUGACACUGAUGCUCCCUGAGCCUUCAGGACAGCUUGAAUAUCUUUGGAACUUGUUUGGGGCUGCUUAUCCACCAUUCGGACUAUCCUGCGUUGUCACCUUUCAUCAAUUUUUCUUUUCCGUCCCGCCCAGGGAGAUUAGCUACAGUGCCAUGGGUUACAAACUUCUUAAUAAUGUUGCGCACUGUGGACAAAAGGAAAUCUAGAUCUCUGGAAAUGGACUUGUAACCUUGAGAUUGUUGAUAUUUUUCCACAAUUUUGGUUCUCAAGUCCUCAGACCGUUCUCGUCUCCUCUUUCUGUUGUCCUUGCUUAGUGUGGCACACACAGACACACAAUGCAAAGACUAUGUGAACUUCUCUCCUUUUGUAUCUGCUUUCAGGUGUGAUAUUUAUGUUGCCCACAUCUGUUACUUGCCCCAGGUGAGUUUAAAGGAGCAUCACAUGCUUGAAACAAUGUUAUUUUUCCACAAUUUUGAAAGGGUGCCAAUAAUUAUGUCCAGCCCAUUUUUGGAGUUUGGUGUGACAACAUGUCCAAUUUGCUUUUUUUCCUCCCUUUUUUGGUUUAGUUCCAAUUCACACAAAGGGAAUAAACAUGUGCAUAGCAAAAGAUGUGUUACUGCAAUCCUUUUCUGUGAGAAAUACUUAAAGGGGUACUCCGGUGCUUACACAUCUUAUCCCCUAUCCAAAGGAUAGGGGAUAAGAUGCCUGAUCGUGGGAGUCACGCCCCCUCCCGUAGGCUUGCAUUGAGGGGAGGAGCAUGACGUCACACGGGAGCGGAGGCGUGAUGUCACACAGCGCUGGCCCUGCGGUCGAGCAUAAUCAGAACACGCUCCGGGGACUGAUUACUAACGGGGUGCCUCGUGCAUGAUCAUGGGCGUCCCCAGCUGCGGGACUUCCGCAAUCAGGCAUCUUAUCCCCUAUCCUUUGGAUAGGGGGAUAAGAUGUGUAAGCACCGGAGUACCCCUUUAAUUUUCUAAAAUUUUUUUUAGGGGUGCCAACAUUUGCGGCCAUAACUGGAAUAAUUGUGUACCCAUACGUGUCAUAUACUUUAAAUUUGACAUUGUUCUGUAAUCUUAUCAAGAACCUUUCUGGUUCAUCCACUUUGAAAAAAAUAAAUAUAUACAGUAUUUGUAUUGCUAA